AAUCGAGAAAAUUACAAAUAAAGAAAAAAUUGAGCAAUGGUAAAAUUAAAAAUUGGCAGUGGUUUUGGUUUUGUGGUUGUGGCAGCUUUGCUCAAAAUGGCGUGCCAUCAAAAAAAUCAUUAAAAACACAAUUAGAAUCACUAGGAUCACACAAAAGUGUGCAAAAAUCGUCCAGAACCCGAAUUAUCGUGAUUUGCGAGUGCUUGGUGCGUCCCCUGUGCCCCAAAAUGCAACUUUAAAAUGCUCAUUCUAUGGACCAAAAAGACUUAGUCGUAGUGAAAAAUGAGGCGAAAAAGGUGGCCCGCCGCCGGUGGGCGAUCCUAGCCAAGGCUCUGAAGAGCCCCGUCGGCAGCGAGCCCUCGAGCCCCACCGACGAGUUCUCCCUCAGACGCAUUUCUUCCUUCAUGCUCUUGCAGACGCAGCAACUGCGCCCCCACGACCACAAGCGCACAUGGUACAGUUACUCGAUUCGAAUCGGCCUGUCCGAGUACUCGAUCGUGAUCGGGCACCGCAUCCGCACUUUUUCGGCCGAAGACCUCAUGGGGUUCAACAACACGGGGAAUAUCUGCAUCUGGCCGUCGGAGGAGACGCUCAGUUACUACGUUUGCUCCAACUUGGCGCAGUUCGCCGAUAAGACGAUCCUGGAGCUGGGGGGCGGCAUGUCGUGUCUGGCGGGGCUGUUCGCCGCCAAGUACGCCGCCCCCAAGGCGGUGACCGUCACCGACGGCAACAAGCACUCGGUGGAGAACGUGCAAGCCGCCUUGGAUUACAACCAGUUUGCGUGUCCGGUCGAUUGUAAAUUGCUCAAGUGGGGCUCUCAUGAGGGGCCCCUCUACGAUGUUAUCCUCUGCGCUGAUUGUCUUUUCUUUGACGAUGCGCGGGCCGAUUUGAUUGAGUGUCUCUGGGGCUGUUUGGAUGCGAGAGGGGUGGCGUUUGUUAUGGCCCCCAAAAGGGGGGGCACUCUUGAUCAUUUUAUUGCUCAAUCGGAGAUUAAAGGCUUCAAGUGUAGGAAAAUUGUUAAUUAUAAUCAAGUUGUGUGGGAGAAGCGGUUGGCGCUGAUCGAGCAUUGCGAGUACGAUGAUGAUAUUCAUUACCCGAUUCUUAUAGAAGUGACCAAAGUUUAAGUGACCUUACAAACCUGUCUCGAGUUUAGAUUCCUUGCCUGGGUUAUAUCUAGUCUGAUUGUUAACCUUAUCUGUGAUAAUUAAUACCAAUUUCCUCCGUGUUAUAAUAGAGUGACAGGAACGACUAUUUUUCAAAAUAUUACGUCGGAUCGCAUCUAGUCAAGUAUACGAAGCUAACAUUGGUUGUUUUCGAUUCAAAUGAAGGGCAUUUCCCAGUCGAUUGACGCAUAGUACAAAUUUUUAUUGUAUUGUAGUUACAUUUUUUUUACAAUCAACACGGCCAACAAAUUUUUUACACACCUCGUACACAUAUAAGGAAUUGUACAAAAAUUCUAAAAAAAUUUACAUGCAUAUAGAGAAAGAUAAACUAUCUAAAAGCAAACACUAAUAUCUGUGUGAAUAUUAAUUUUUGAGAUAUAGUAAAAAAAAUUACACUAACUAUUAAAUAAUUAACAUUCUAGCUAAAUUUUAAUUUUCGAAAAUUUUAUCAUUUUUGGAUACUUAAUAGUAUUUUUGAAAAAAAAUCACAGUGUACAGGGUAGUACGGUAUGAACCUCACAAAUGGAACUUAUAAUAACACCAUUUUUGUGCCAUUUUUUAUAAAUGAAAAGAACCAAAAUAUACAGGGUGUGAAUGAUCAGAACUUAACUAUUACUUUUGUAAUUUCUUGUUUUUUUAAAAUUUGUGACUUAUUUUUUUUUUAAAUAAAAAGGAAAAGAUUAAACACAGGGUGAAUUAUUCAAAAUUGAACAAGUGCCUGUUUUUGUUUUUUUAUUCAUCUAAAUAAUGUUGACUGACACUUCAUCGCCAACUUGUUGAGGGUGGAACAUAUCGACUACUUGAUUGUCAAAAUAUCUGUGUUGGUCAUUUUGCGUGAAGAGUACAAAAACUGUAUUUAUUUUACUUAGUUUGCUAGACUGGAAAUGACCCUUUUGCUCACUUAGUUGAUUUUUAGUAAAAUAUACUCAAUACGCGUUGCUUAUUUAAUAACGUACUUACCUUUCGUUGGUAUUCCUGUAUAUAUGUACAGGGAGUCACCUUUUCGUAAUAUUACCUUCAGGUGUUUUUAAAACACUCCGUUCUUCCAUUAUUACAGUAUUUGUCAGAUUUCUAGCGUAAUUGUUUAUUUUUGUAACUGUUCAUUCCCUUCCGCCGUUAUUUAUUUAUUUAUUUCCAUUUGUUACAUUGUCAACAUUCAUAGUUCCUAUAUUGUAAAUGAUUUGAAUUGUAUUUGGAUUGUUGAUUAUUAAAACACUAUUAACAAGAAA